AUGGAGGGUUCCGCACCUCGAGUGCGCUCCCAGAGCAUCGGCAGCAUGUCGCAGCUGCUGUUGGCGGGAUGGGCGAUGCUUGCCGACUCCUGCCCGGACUGCGGGGUGCCGCUCAUGCGCCACCCCGCCGGGUCGCCUCUGCUGUGCGUCAACUGCGGCCGGGAGACCACCACCGAGGCGUCCGCAGCGCAGGCGGCGCCAGCCCCAGCACCUGAGCCAGCCGAACCAGAGGAUGCGCCACGAGCAGUAGCGGCACUGGCGCUGCCGCAGGCCAAUGGGGUUGGCCACAGCGGCAGCUGCAGCGAUGAGGAGGAGGGCGAGGAGGCGGGGCUCCUUCCUGCUCCGCCGCCGCUACGCACCCGCCUGUAUGCCGCCCUGGCAGCAGCGCAGCCUGCAGACGACAGCAUCGGCACCAGCGGCGCGCCCCUCGCCGACUCGCUGCGUCAGGCCGCGCCCGCAGGCGCGGCAAGGCCGCCUGCGGCCGGGCCGCAGGCUGGACGGCAGCAGGGCCGCGAUGCCAGCAAGGAGAUAGCUGAGCUGAUGCUGGAUGGGUGGGCCAUGUUGGCAGACCACUGCCCCAUCUGCCUGAACCCGCUGCUGCGCUCGAGGGACCGCCGUGUCUACUGCGCCGGCUGCCAGCUGUAUGUGGUGCGGGAGGGCGAGGAGCAGCUCGGCGGGGAGGCACCGCAGCAGCAGCAGCAGCAGGAGGGCCAAGGGGCGCCAACGCCCGCCGCGGAGGCAGAGCAGGCAGCUGCCCAAGCCGCCCAAGGCGGGCUUGUGCGAGACAUGCAAGCUGCAGCAUUCCAUGCACCAGCCUCUGGGACGGCGCAGCUCCAGCUGAGUGGCGUCCCUGCCCUGCAGCAGCACUUGCCUGCCGUGGACGCUGCAGCAACGGCGGUGGCGGCACGCCUGGCGGCAGCGGCAGCAGACCUCGCAUCGGUGGCGCCCACGGCGGCGCUCAGGCUGUUGGCAGAGGUGCAGCAGUGUGCCGCAGCGCUGCAAGCGCUGGCCGACUGCCGUCGUAGCAUGGCGGGAGGGCCUUGA